AUGGAGCGCAGAAUGGGCGACACCCAAAGUCCACGUCCCUUAGAACGGUCCGUGCUCAUUUUAUAUGGCUCCGAAACGGGCAAUGCGCAGGAAGUGGCCGAGGAAUUGGGUGCCUUGACCGAGCGGCUCCGUUUUGCGACACAUGUAUCCGAGUUGAAUCAAUGCAAGCCGGAAUCCCUUUUUUCAUACACACUCACCAUAUUUGUGGCCUCGACUACGGGACAGGGCGAUUUUCCGGCCAAUGCGCGGUCUUUUUGGAAGUCGCUCUUGUUAAAGAAGCUACCUGCUACCUUUUUGAAUGGCAUAAAUUUUACUUGUUUUGGGCUGGGGGAUAGCUCGUAUCCCAAAUUCAAUUGGGCGAUACGCAAGCUCUAUAAACGACUACAACAACUUGGUGCAAAUGAGAUCUACCCCACAGGCGAAGCAGACCAGCAACAUCCAGAAGGACUCGAGGGAACCUUUUUACCAUGGAUGACGGAUUUUCGAAAACAUUUGCUCGGUAGACAUCCUCUCCCUGCUGGACAGCACCCUAUCCCAAACGAUGUGCAGCUCCCACCAAAGUGGAAGUUGCAGUUUGCGGGAGAAAACGUUUCGGUCCCAACACCCCAAGCUGCCGUCGCAACUGAACAUCAAGCUUCUACGGAUGAAUAUCCGGGAUUACACCAUCUGGACCAUGACUCCCGACCCAUCCCACAUGCACUCCGCGCGACAUUGACUGAAAAUCGGCGCGUGACUCCGCGAAAGCAUUGGCAGGAUGUGCGCCAUGUUACCCUGACCGUCCCAGACUUUGUCUCUUACGUUCCUGGAGACAUGCUCGCCAUCACACCGAAAAGCUCUUCGGUUGAUGUCCAAACCCUUAUUGACUUGAUGGGUUGGAACGAUCAGGCAGAUCGACUAAUCUCUCUCGUUCCAACAGGAGAUACUCCAUCACCACCACCCAUUCCUGACCUCGACUCAUACCCCAACCUCACCCUCCGUGCCCUUCUCGUAGACUAUCUCGACGUCAAAGGAAUACCCCGCCGAUCCUUCUUCUCCACAAUUGCACACUAUACCAACGAUGAGAUGCACAAAGAACGGUUAUUAGAAUUUACAAACCCUGAAUAUCUCGACGAGCUAUGGGAUUACACGACACGCCCACGACGUAGUAUACUUGAGAUCCUGCAUGAGUUCGACACUGUCAAAAUCCCCUGGCAACACGCGAUAUCUGUUCUCCCGACCAUGCGCGCCCGCCAGUUUAGCAUUGCCAGCGGUGGAAAACGCAAGCAGACUGCUGAUGGCAAUACACAGUUCGAACUACUCAUUGCCAUUGUCAAAUACCAGACAGUGAUCAAGAGAAUCCGCGAGGGGGUCUGUACCAAAUAUCUCUCCAUCCUCCGGCCAGGUAGCACCCUCCAAGUCCAGCUCCAGCCCGGCGGUCUCAAGUCUUCAGCCCAACAACUCACCGCAGCAACCGUGCUCAUUGGACCGGGCACUGGAAUUGCGCCCCUCCGCUCCAUGCUCUGGGAGAAAGCGGCACUUGUGCAGGCUUAUCGUGAGCAAAAUCCCGGCGUCAAUCCACCAAUCGGCCCUACCAUUCUCUUGUACGGAGGUCGAAAUCGAGAAUCCGACUUCUUCUUCGAGAAAGAGUGGACAGAGCUCGGCAAGCUCAUCCCGCUGCAGGUACUUACUGCUUUUUCGCGUGAUCAGCAACGCAAGGUCUACGUGCAAGAUACUGUGCGUGAGAACUUCUCGCUCUUCUUCCGUGUUUUGCAUGAUAUGCAAGGGUCGGUUUAUAUUUGUGGUUCCUCUGGUCGCAUGCCUCAAGCUGUGCGCGAGGCGCUGAUCGAAGCCUUCCAGCAUGGAGGAGCUCCUUUACCGGGGCAGCCUUUCACCCGCUCCCAGGCCGAGGGCUAUCUCAUUGGCAUGGAACAAAUCGGCCGCUACAAACAAGAAACUUGGUGA